AUGGCUUGGCCGGAGAUCACUACUGCUCGGAGGGAAAAUCGUAGGGAACUUGUUGUUUCAAAUCGUGAUAAUUUUGACCCUUCGGUUUAUACUUUGACACAACUCAAUUUUUUGGACAUAUCUAAAUGCCCACUAUAUGAAAUCGCUGAUGACCUGAGUGAUUUGACUGCUCUCUCUAAACUCUCUCUUCAGCACGAUGAAAUUGUUGCUGUUCCAUUAGGUAUUGGACAGCUCCUAAAUCUUAAAUUUUUGGACCUUUCAUUCAAUUCAAUUUCAAAUCUACCCUCAAAUAUAUUUGAUAAUCUUUCUCUCCUCGAGACUCUUAUAUUGGACUCUAACAAACUAUCCGAGCUGCCCUCGUUCAAAGGUCUUAUAGAGUUGCACAUUUUUUCGGUCUCAAAUAAUAAGCUACUAUGCCUACCUGAUACUUUAACUUGUUGCACAAAGCUUAAGUCAGUUGAUGCUUCGGGCAAUAAUAUAAAAGAAAUUUCUGACGAGGUGCCUUGGUCCUCUCUCUCAAAUUUACAACAUUUUUAUCUCAAUGGAAACCAACUUAAAGAAGUUCCAUUGGGACUAACUGAAUGUAAGAGGCUUAGGGAUCUUCAACUAAAGGAGAAUCCUCUACAGGAUGCUCGUUUAAAGAAGCUCGCUGCUUCUGAUAGAGGCGAUGCUGGAAAUGUCCUCAUGAAUUACUUGCUCAAGAUAUCCAAAGGAAAAAAGGAGUUAGCAAAAACCUUGCCACACGACGCUAUCCCCUUAGCUCCAACUUCGGCGCCUAUUGAAAAUGUCAAGAUCUUAUCAAUGAUCGAAUCUGAUGAUUCGGAUUUUAGAAUUGAUGUACUUCGACCGGGGGAAGUUAAGAAAAGUCUCAGACCUCAUAUCUUUGGUUGUGUAAUUUCUGGUGUGAGCCUACAUAGUGAAGGUCUUAUUCGUGCAUUUAGUAAAUUUCAAUCAAAACUACAUGCCAAGCUUUGUGAUAAUCGAAAGUUGGCUACAUUUUCAACCCAUACUUUUGAGGCUGUUAAGAUGCCUUUGGAGUUUUCUCUUCAACCCAUUGAUACAAUCAGUUGCUGCCCUAUGAAUAUUAAGCGGUCAGUUACUGGACUUGAGUUGUUGGCCAAUUUGCAGAACCAUGCCGAGUUGGAGAGGAAAAAACUAAAAUUGAACAACUACAGUGCUUCGAUGCAAUACCUCCUUCUUAUUUCACCUCUUCUUGGUCCUCGUAUGGAUCCAAUCAAUUUAAAGAAAGCAGCUGAAAUAGCGCCACUUCCUGUUACAACUGAUUUAACCGGCAACAUCAUCUCGCUCCAUCCCAUUACUGCAUGCUACAAGACUUGUCUUACUACGGAAACAACUAGAGUUUUGAUUGAAGUUGCCGGAGUAAGUGAUAUGGUUUGCAAGAAUAUAAUGCGUAAGCUGAUUGAAUGGUUAGUUCAGAAUGCUGUUCCGGUGGGUGAAGGAGAGAGGGCAGUCACAAUCACUCCACUUGCGGUUGUUGAUGAUGCGACGGGAGAUCGAUUAGCAAAGUUCCCUCUUGAAGUGGACAUUAUGGACCCCGAUUUUCUUAACUCUCAGGCCGAGUAG